UGUGAAUCUGACAGUUGUCGUGACAUAAUUUGUUAUAUAUGAAAAUAAAUAAAUUCAAUGCAGAAUAAUGGUUAUAUGAUUGUUAGAGACACAUUUAGUUCUUUUUAUUUUUUGUUCUGAUACAACUUCACUAUUGGAAGUAGUCUUAAUAAUUCAAAAGUCCACUGUUCUAGAACCUUGGUCUGAAGGCUAACAAAAGCUACGUUUCGUUCUAGUUAAUGUAAUGAGUCAUUAUCGUCUACAUGAUCAUUCUAAAUACGCUCACAGUACUCAUUCAAAUUGCGUUCAUAGUUUUUAUGACACUGUUGUCUAUGAACAUAAUAAAAUACUUCACGGGUGUCGGUAAGAUGGUGAUGGUAGCCCCAGCCCUUUUCGUUAACCAUGGCGGAGGUCCGAUGCCUUUGCUUGGGGAAAAAGAUCAUUUAGGACUCACCAAGUUCCUAAGAGACGAAGUGAAGAAACAUGUAAACCUUAAGGAAAUUAAAGCGAUAGUGCUUGUGACCGCACAUUGGGAAGAAAGUGAGGUAACGAUAUCGUCGGGAGAUCGCCACGAACUUUAUUUCGACUACUACGGCUUUCCUCCAGAGACUUACAAGUACAAGUAUGACGCCCCCGGUGAUCCUGAACUCGCGAAACGAAUUCAGACCGCACUGAAAAAGGCUGGCAUACAUUCUAAGUUGGAUCCCAAAAGAGGUUGGGACCAUGGAGUUUUUGUUCCAAUGCUUUUGAUAAAUCCAGCAGCUGACAUACCAAUAAUACAAAUAUCCGUGCUCUCGAACCAGGAUCCCGAAGAGCAUUACAACAUUGGCCAAGUAUUGAAACAGUUCCGCAAAGAAGGUAUCGCUAUAUUUGGCUCGGGAAUGUCUUAUCACAAUAUGAGAGAGUUCUUCUAUGGACGUAACGCUGGCAGGGUUGUUAACGAGGAGUUUGAUGAGUUUUUGAAUGAUGCUUGUACAUCAGGGAACAGCGUGAGAAAGGAGAAGUUGUUGUUGUGGGACCAGCAACCGGGAGCGAGGGAGGCUCAUCCGACACGAGCCGCAGAACAUUUGAUGCCGCUGAUAGUUAUCGCUGGUGCUGGAGGGGAUGGACCCGGUGAAAGGAUCUUCAACUGGGACAUGAGCGGAACGUUUAGACUAAGUGGAUUCAUAUGGAAAAAUGACUGAGAUUCGUUAUUAACUAUUUAAAUGGCCGUCUUGAUAUUUUGUAAGAAUUUAGACGCUUACAUUCAAGAAAUAAGUGCAAAUUUAUUUAAUUCGCAAAGAAAGUUAAGAUAUUUAUUAUUUAAGAUGAAGAGAAUGGAAAAUUUAAUUGACUUUUUCUGAUCAAAAAUGCUUAAACAAUACAAAAAUAUUAUAAAUUAGUAUCGGUUAGUGAAAAUUUCUGUUCAAAUCUGAUUAAUUAUAACAUAUAGACAUUUGUGAUCAGACAAAUGAUGAUCGCCCGGAACUUACUAUGCUACUGUCAGUGUGUUGGUGAUUGUCUAUCCGCUCAUUGUUUUCGAUGUAACCGAGACACAGAUUUUAGACUAUAUGGGACCACUAUAAAAUAUUGUUUUUGUUAAAAUAUAUUUAGUCUUAAAAUAA